GCUCAGUAAUAACCGUCCUGUGACAGCAGCAGCUGUUCACACAACCAGGCAGCAGCAGCUCGCAGCAACAUGAGCAGCUUCUGAAAACUUCUCCAAACCCGCCGGAGCUCCACCGCUCCGAGAGGAACCGCCGCCAUGUCCCCGCUGCAGCUGUCCGUCUACUGGCGGCUGUCCCUCCUCUUCUUCUUCACGCCGUUCCUCUUCUUCCUCGACGUUUUCACGGCAGCCGUCGCGGCCAGAACGUGUCGCCAUGACAACGGCACUGAAUCAGCCGCGUCCCUGCGCGGGACGUUCCCGCCCAGGGAAGGGAGGAACCAAUCACAGCACGUAGAAGCUUCAGAGCUGGACGCUGAUUGGAGGACGGAUAGAUUACAGGAAGAAACAGUGUGCGGUUGGACAGACUGGUUGUCUUAUGGUCAAACUGCCUACAUGGUGGGAUUGCUGCUGGGAUCUCUGGUAGGAGGAGCCGUUUCAGACAGGUACGGGAAGCGUCCGGUUCUGCUGGCGUGCGCCUGUCUGCACGCCUUCUGCGGCCUGCUGCCUGCCGUUUUUCCUCAGCCGCUCCUCUUCCUCGCCAUCCGCUGCCUGACGGCGGUUUGCUGCUGCUGCAUCAACAUCUGCGCCUUCAGCCUGGGUAACACCGACGUCACACCCAAUUAUUGCCUCCCGUCUCCCUGCAGCGCCGCCACCGCCCUGACCUACUACGGGAUCUGCCUGAACAUCGGCUCGUUCGGCGUUGGCGUUUACGCCGCCCAGUUCUUCUCCGGCCUGUCGGAGGCCCCCUGCCUGCUGGUCCCUUUGGUUCGGAUGGGGCGGCGGCUCAUCUGCAUGUUGGCUCUGUUCCUGAGCGGAAGCGCCUGCCUCGUAUCACUGCUGCUGUCCAGAUACCACGGAACGCCGGCGCUGGUCAUGAGUCUGGCUCUGCUGGGGAAGCUGUGCAUCCUGGCGGCGACCUUCAUCUCCGUCCUGUACUGCAUCGAGCUGUUUCCUACCGUGGUCAGACAGCGCUGCUUAUCUCUGGUCAACCUGUCGUACCGCCUCGGUUGUCUGGUCACCACCUUCGUCCCGCCCAGCCCCACCGGCGCCAUCUCAUUGGCUGCGAUGGUGGUGUACAGCAGCGGACCAAUCGUAGGCUGCGGCCUGUGCCUCCUGCUCCCAGAAACCAGCGGGGUGCCGCUUCCCGACUCAUUGGAGGACUGCAACAGGCAGCCCAAGAACCAAGCGGCCAGCUUCAGCGCCCUCUGGAGGCCACGGAAAACCAAGACCACAGAGAUUCCUCCACCAGAGAAGGUCGACGUCCAGACACCAGACGCACCGUUCCUUUAACGAGGAGAACGAUGGUCUGCGUUGGAUUCUACCUCAGACUGCAGGAACCUCUACAGCUCAGACGGUUGGGUUCUUCUGAGGAAACAGCAGACUUGGUGUUUGUUUAUCGCUGAAAUGAACGGAUCUAAAACAGUCUGCUGGUUCGUCUGCAGCCCGGAUCCGGUUCCACUGACAGAACCUCAUUCCUAAACACGGUCGGGUCCGGACUCAUGGAGACCUGAACGCUACGGAAACAACUAAACUGGUGGAACUGCGCCCCCAACUGGUCAAAAUAUAAAGUGGGCGCAUCAGGAUAUUUCAAUCAUGUUUAUAGUUUGAGCCGUGAUUUGAUUUGUGUUCUUUCUAGUAUUUUGGUUAAAAAAAAAAACAUUUACUGCAUUUGUGAGGAGCUGAGGUUUAAUUCCUGUAGUUACGGCAUCAUCUGCAGGAAAAGAUGUCUGACCUCUGCCUGCGUGAGAGGAGUCUGGCUGCAGAGCUGCGCUGCGAUGAUAAACUCCCCGUGAAGCUCGCUUCCUUUCAAACCCAAGCGUUAUGCUGAAAAACUUAUUUACAUGCACAAUUUUACUCCCAUCUGGAGUAAUAGAUAUGUGCUACAUAGAAUUUAAUCAUCUGAGCGCUGGAUGAAAAGGUCUGUAAGAUAUUUCAUAAAAGACGGUGGAGGUUGGAUGUCCCAGGAGGAUUUUUUGCUUAUCGUAUAAUUUAUACUGCUCCUUUGCUCAGUUUAACUGCAUAAACUCUAAUUUGGCAGCAAACCCAUGCUGCACUAUUCCUGAAGACGGUGCAGGAGAUGACAUUUUGCAGGUCUGCGACAAAAGGUCCCGACGGCGCAGGUCUGCAGACAGACUCUGACAGACUGGGACCCCAUCACUCCUCCACUCAGCACUGGAGUACCUCAAGGCCCCGUCCUGAGCCUCCUUACCGUACAGUUACAUACGGAACAUGGCGUCCAGCAUCUGAUAGCAUCCAGCAGAGACUACUAGUCUUU